AUGGCAUCUGUUAUUGUUGUUGAUACUGAGUUGAAGGAUUCCAUUAAGGAAUAUGCUCAAAUCAUUGAUGCUGUCAAUGGAAACACCGAGUUUUCUGGAUCAGUAGUAUCCGAUUUAGGAGAUGGUGAUGCCGAAAUCGAACAUAAAUCAGAAUUAAUCACCAAGAUCACUCAAGUUUCAACUAGUUCUACUUUAACCAAGUUAAGUGAUAGAGAAUUUGAACCUGCCUUUUACCUUUUAAUUCAUAUUUUACUGGAACUUUCAGAAAAAUCAAGUGCUGAACUUUUAGAUGAUGAAAAUUCUUAUGUUAUAAAAUUAUUAUUGGAAUCCAAUCCUGAAAAACAAGCAUUAGUAAGAGAUAGAAAGACAGUUAAAUCAACUAGUAUCUUAUCCAUCUUAACUAAUAUCUUCAAUUUAAUACCAGAAGUUUCCAAAACCAGAAUUUAUUUAAUCAAACAAAUUUUAAAUAUCGUUAAAUCAAGUAAUAUUAAAUUUUCCAUCAUUGAAAACAAUCUUGGUAACAAUUUAAUCAACUGGUUAACUAAAUCUCAAGCUAAUGAUACCGAAAUCAGAUCUAUCUUUUGGGAUUUCAUUCAAUUAGAUUCUGAAUUUUCAUUAAAAUCAUUAACCCUUAUUAAAUCAUUCACCCUCAAUUAUGAAUUACAAUCAAUUCAAGAAUUAUAUAACUUAAUUAACUUUGCAUUAUCUUCCAAAACCGUGGAUGUUUCAUUCUUAAUUACUAAUAAUGUUGCUCAAUCCUUACAAGCCCACGCUCAAGAUUCAUUAGUAGCAACUUUUACUAAAUACGUUCAAGGUGAUUUAGUUACCGUUCCAGAAUCAUUUUCAAACUUUAAAUUCAUUAAUCAAAAAUCAAGAAUUUUAUCAUUAGCUAAAUUUCUUAGUGAAAAAUCUCAAUCAAAUGAUCAUGAUUCAAUAAUCUUUAAAUAUGAUGAAAUACCAACUGAAUUAGCUGCCAAUUCUUAUGAGUUUGAAACUUUAUUGGUUAAUUCUAUAAGGGCCAAUGUUAUCGAAGGUAAAUUAAAUCAGUUAGAAUCUACAUUCUAUUUAAGUAGAGUUAAUAGAUUCAUAUUAGCUGGUGGUAACAAUCAUCAAGUUAAUGCUAAUAAUUGGAAUGAAGUCAAACAAGCUUUAUAUGAAUGGAAAAAUUCAUUAGCUAAUAUUAAUGAAAUUGUUAAAGCUACUAGAGAAAACAUUUUUAAUAAUGGAUCUGCUUGA